AUGCAUCUUUUGAAAUCAAUUUUGCCUGCAGCUGCCUCGGCACUGCAAUCUGCGUUCCGCUGGUUCGCCAGUUUUCUUUCCUCCCCCUCCAAUUCCUCCACCGACUCCUCCUCCUCCUCCUCCAACGCCACCACCAAGGACAACCACAACAACCAGGAGGAUUUUGGGCUCACUACUGAUGACCUAGCAUUGGUCUUGAGCACAGCGGUCUCAGUUGUGGAGACGGCGGUCUCGUUUGUACAGACGGCAGCAUCGUUGGCAAGGACCGUGUUCAUUAUUAGUAAGCUCAUGGUCCGAACAACACUUCUGAUCGCCAAGGCUACCCUCUGGGCUCUCAAGAAGACAUUCCAUAUCUUGCAAAGAAACAACAAUCGGUCCACUGCAAAAAUGUAA